AUGAGAAUUUUGAACCAAUUAGAAGAAAUGAAUCAAAUUAAUGGUUUAGUUCAACCUGAUUCACCCACCAGAAGACCCGUAGUUGCACAAAGUGCAUUAUCCCAUGCAAAACCAGUUAAUCCAGUCAAACAAGCCCGUAAAAACGAAGUAAUGCAGCAAGCAUUAGAUAUAAAUUCAGGAUCAUUCGACGACGACAGCUUUAGCGAACCAAAAGGUCCAUCAGUUAUUAAGAGGAAGAAUACUGUUACCGAAAUUCCUUCUUUCCAAGGAAACGAAAGUUUAUUCUAUCGUGCAGAAGCAAUUUGCGCAUUUCUUGAGAAAGAAAUCGGAAUUGACGGACUUAUUGAUCUCAAAGAGCUUAUUUACGAAGAGAACGACACUCCUUUCCCAGAACAUCCAAUUCCAACUAAAUACGAUCCGCAGAUCAUUGUAUUGACACGCCAAUUACUUAUUCUUGAUGAUUUACUUACAAAAGUAUAA